AUGGUUUUAAGAUCCAGAGGUGGAGGUUGUGGGGGUAGAAAAUGGCAUCACGAUGGCAGACGGACGAAGAAACUGAAUUCUGUUAGAGAUUAUGUAUCAUGUGCUAAGUUUCUGGUUGAGGAGGAGAUUGCGCAAGAAAGCAAACUGGCUGGAUGGGGAUAUAGUGCUGGAGGAUUGUUAGUUGCUUCUGCCAUUAACUCUUGUCCAGAUUUGUUUCGUGCUGCUGUUUUGCAGGUCCCCUUUUUGGAUCCAAGUAGUACACUUGUGCUUCCUAUUUUACCACUAACACCUGCCGACUAUGAAGAGUUUGGGUACCCUGGGGACAUAGAAGAUUUUCAGGCUAUACGUCAAUACUCUCCCUAUGAUAAUAUUCAGAAAGACGCACUGUAUCCUGCUGUUCUGAUAACAUCAUCUUUUAAUACAAGGUUUGGAGUCUGGGAAGCAGCAAAAUGGGUCGCAAGAGUGCGGGAAUAUUCUAUAUAUGAUCCUAGACGUCCGGUACUGCUUAAUUUGACGACUGAUAUAGUCGAGGAGAACAGAUAUUUGCAGUGCAAGGAGUCGGCAAUGGAGAUGGCUUUUCUCAUUAAGAUGAUGGAUUCAUAG